AUAUAUACCCAGGUGAAAAAAUAUUAUACUUCAACUACACUUUUGAUAGGAUGAUUUAAAUACACUUAAAUACACUUUUAAUUACAGCUUAUGUAUGUAACUGUAUUCUGUACUAACUUUGUUGUAUUCAAGUUUACCAAAAUGUACUAAGCUAUACCUUAAAUACUACUAUAGCUAUACGUCAGUAUACUCCAAAUGUAAAUAGUAUGCUAAAAUGUCACCAUUUUUGACAACCUUAAAGUUUACUAAGGUACACCAGUGAAAAGUUUGAUUUCUAGCAUUCGAAACACAAUUGCAGCAGAAUUGCAUUAUAUCACAAGUGUGUUUGAAAUAUCCAUAAAAAGGCAUUACAGUUCAAUUGAUAGUAGUAUAGAAGUCUAUUUUGAACACACUAUUAUCAUACCUCUGUCAUAUUUCAAAUAAAUCUAUUCACUUGCUGACUAUAGAAAGUAUAGUCAGAAAGUGACCAUACUUUCUGUCACAAUUCUGUCACAAUUCAAGCAUCAAAUCCAUGUACUUAAAUUAUAAUGUUAUUAUUAUUAGGUUGGUCCGCUUACUAAAACCCGACGCAGAACCAAAAACGUUCACGUCUGCGUGGUCAUUGUGUUGCGGGAACCUGGGACCAGAAUGAACCCUUAACACAGACUGUAUGGGUUGUAGCUGCUGAGAUCGCACCAGGGAUAUUUCUACGAGAAUCUCUCUCCAAAUCAACACCAAGGGAACCUGGUUUCAGACAGGAAACUGAUUGUUGGCUGUCAGGAAAUGAUGAACCCAAGUGGUCAAGAGUCCCCUGAGCGGCUAGCAGAAGCUGUUAAGAAAGAAGGCAGUAAGAUUGAAGGACAUCCAGGUAUCCUGGAAGUUUACAAUCUUCCUCUGAAACCCCAUCCAAUGAAUGUAGAGGAAUGCAUGCGCUUCAUAUUUGGAAAAGACUCAAAUAGUAAACGGAACCGCACCAUCAUGGUUCUAGGAGCCACUGGGGCGGGGAAGUCCACCCUGGUCAACGGGAUGAUCAACUACAUCCUGGGGGUCACAUGGGACGAUACCUUUAGAUUCAAGUUGGUAGACGAAGACACGGCCAAGUCUCAGGCUCACAGCCAGACCUCUGAAGUCAGCGUGUACAAGCUCAACCACCGAGAGGGCUUCCAGAUCGACUACUCCCUGACUAUUGUGGACACGCCGGGUUUCGGAGACACAAGAGGCAUAGAGAGAGACAAGAAGAUUAUAAGUCAGCUAGAAACGCUUUUCUCAGCUAAACUUGGUGUCAGCGAUAUUGAUGCCAUCUGCUUCGUGGCCCAAGCGUCGCUCGCUCGGCUAACGCCCACACAGAAAUAUGUCUUUGACUCGGUGCUCUCCAUAUUUGGGAAAGAUGUGGCAGAUAACAUCCGGAUUUUGGUGACAUUUUCAGAUGGCCAACACUGUCAGAUUCUCGAUGCAAUCAACGAGUCUGGGGUCCCAUGUCCUAAAAGGAAAGAUGGUUUACCAAUUCACUUCAAAUUCAAUAACUCUGCCUUGUUUGCUGACAACAAGGUACCCGAUGCGAAAGGUGAGGCCGACAAUGAUGAUGAUGAUGAUGAUGAUGAUGAUGAUGAUGAUGGAGGUGUCGUGGGGGAAUUUGAUAAAAGGUUUUGGGCCAUGGGAACCAACAGCAUGAAAAAAUUCUUUUCUGCUCUGAAUGUCAUUGAGACCAAGAGCUUGACCUUAACCCAGGAGGUGCUCAGACAGAGAGCUCAGCUGGAGACUUGCAUUGAGAAUCUCCAGAUUAAGGUGAAAUUGGGUUUAGAUAAACUUGAGGAGAUUAAACAAGAAUCUCAAAUUCUCCAAAAACACGAGGCGGUGAUCACAGUCAAUGCAAACUUUCAGUAUGAGAUCAGCAUCAAGAAACCUGUUCAGUUUGACAUUUCCAACACAGGAAAUUACAUCACUAACUGUCAGCAAUGUCAAACGACUUGCCACUUUCCCUGCGCCAUACCAAACGAUGCUAACAAGAGGAAGUGUGCUGCCAUUGGACCAGACGGCAACUGCAAACAAUGCAAGAACAAGUGCCCUUGGAAUGUGCAUUUCAACCAGAAGUACAAAUGGGUUUACAACCAGGUUACCGAGAAACGAACCUAUCAAGAUCUGAAAGACAAGUAUCAGAACGCAGAAAAAGAUAUCAAAUCGGUUAAUGACAUCAUCCGACAGAUGAAGAAGGAGCACACCAUCCUAGAGGAGGAUGUGUUGAUACUCAUGGAGGACUCAGUUCAGUGUCUCAACACCCUGAAGGAGAUCGCUCUGAAGCCCAAUCCACUGUCAACACUUGAAUACAUUGACCUGCUGAUAGAGGGAGAGAAGUCAGAGGGCCAGACUGGCUUCCAGGAGCGCAUCACAAAGCUCCAGGGAAUGAGAAAGAUGUGGGAAUUAAAAGAGAAGCUUGCCAAAGGAUGUAAGAUCUAGAUGUGGGGGCAGGAUAGUCCAGUGGUUUGUGCUCUACCUGUGCUUUAUAUAUUAAUGCUUGAUCUUAUAUGUGAUAACAAGAAUGCUGUUAAUGAGAACAGAGUAAUGAUACUGCUACAAAAUAAUACAUGUUGGUUAAAAUGUGAAUCUGAAUAUGUUGAAUAUGAAAAAAUAACAGAAGCUAUUGAAUCAAUAUUUACAAAAGUGUUAUCAUGAUGAUGCUUGUUAAUUUAAAGAGUUAAAGAUGAUUACAAUUAUCGGUGAACAUUGUAUAUUCUCAAAUAUUAGUUUAAAGUUAGCCUUAUCAGGCUGUCCUUUCUCUUCCACUGGUGAGUUUUAACGACAUGAAACCACCAGCAGGGGGUGACCACAGUCAGAGAUGGGUUGUGUGUUAAACUUUGUAGAAACAAACACAUUUACAUUAUGUUCAAGGAUGAGAGCACCACUCACAUCCCUUCAGUUAUAUGGCAACAGAUCGUACAAUUUCUCCAUUGCUAAAACACUGUUUGUGUGGGGUUCACUUGAACAAUUAUGAAUUAAAGAUGUUCCUUACGACGUUGUUUUGUGAAUGACAAAAAAGAAAAUGCCUAGAAAUCAAUCAAAGUGGCCAAAUGUGUUGAUUUUUACUAGCCUUUAAGAAUGGUUUUCACCUGCCUUUUACGUUAUUGAUGCAUUCAAGCUUUAAAAACAUUUAAAGUUGUAUUCAUUUGUCAUUAUUAUCUUGUACAGAAUUUGUAACGAAUGUAUAUGCAAAAUUAAAGCCUACAUAUAAUGCUU